AGACAAACAGCUGAUACUGUGAUAACAAGCUGGAAAAGAUAAUUUAGGAUUAUAAUCCAAAUAUUUUGUGAUAACUAAUCAGCAUGUUCAUUAAAAAUUUAAUUCAACCGACACGCUACGCGUUUGCAAAUUUACCGAAAACUUUCCAAUUUACACGUAAAAUGAGUGUUCUAGUAAAGUCACUGAAGUAUUCCAAACAUGGCGAACCGGUUGAUGUAAUGGAAAUUGUAGAAGGCCAACUACAGGACCCAAAAGAUAAUGAAGUAUUGGUUAAAGUACUGGCCGCACCUAUUAAUCCGGCUGAUAUAAAUACCAUACAAGGUAAAUAUCCAGUUAAGCCAAAGUUUCCUGCUGUUGGUGGUAAUGAAUGCGUUGCAGAAAUUAUUGCCAUUGGUAAGAAUGUGUCAAAACUAACAACUGGUCAACAUGUUAUACCUUUUGCUUCGGGAUUGGGUACUUGGACCACACAUGCUAUAUUUGCCGAAGAACAACUAAUGCCGGUUUCAUCGAAAAUUGGACUUGCUGAAGCUGCCACCCUUACUGUUAAUCCUUGUACAGCUUAUCGUAUGUUAAAAGAUUUUGUAGCCCUACAACCAGGUGAUUGUGUUAUACAGAACGGUGCGAAUAGUGCUGUAGGUCAAGCUGUUCAUCAAUUGUGUAGGGCAUGGAAUAUAAAAUCCGUUGGCAUUGUACGCGACCGUCCAGAUAUAGCGUCUUUAAAAGAAUAUUUAAAAUCACAAGGUGCUACAGAAGUAUUAACAGAGGAAGAAAUUCGUUCUAGCACGCUCUUUAAAGAAAAUCAUUUGCCACGGCCACUUUUAGCUUUGAAUUGUGUUGGUGGUAAGAGUGCAACUGAGGUGUCGCGUCAUUUGGCCGACAAGGGUGUAAUGGUUACUUACGGCGGUAUGUCGCGAGAACCAGUAAUUGCGGGUACAGCUGCGCUGAUUUUCAAGGAUGUAUCAUUUCGUGGCUUCUGGAUGACACGCUGGAGUAAAGAAAACGCUGACUCACCCGAACGUAUACAAAUGUUUACAGAAUUGUGUGAAUUGAUCGAACAAGGCAAAUUCGUGGCACCAGUUCAUGAGAUGGUGCCGUUGCAAAAAUUUAAGGAUGCCAUGGCUGCUGUUCUGGAUUUCAAAGGUUUCGCUGGAAAGAAAUUUAUAUUAGAUAUGCAAAACUAAUCGAUCGUUAUAUAUUUUUUAAAUACUUUUGUUAUACAAGGUUUUCGUAAGCUUGCUUAUUUUUGUUAAAAAUCCAACUUUGUAAAAGAAAAUGGCAUUUAAAUGUACAUGUCUAUGUCUCGAUGCUUACUCUAAAUACUAUUUGUAUAAAAAACUACGUUUGUAAACUGAAAUGUCUGCUUAUCAAGCUUAUUGAAAUACCUUUUUAUUUUUAUUUGUUACCGAAGAUAACACUUAUUUAGAAAAUAAAUUCAAAAUCAAAAUAUA